GCGGUGGUGGUCCUGAAAGUGGGGAGGAUAAAGGGAGAGGGGUGGCAGAGCGCCGGUAGACCCGCCACCAACCGAGGGUAGGUUCCAAAGGCGUCGACGUUCGGUUCCCAAGAGCCAAUCGUAACGUUCGUUCGUUUGCUGGCUCCGCCAACCGGAUUGCGUGAUACGCGCAGUGAACGCCCAUCCUCCCCGUUUGCGGGGCUCCCACUGAUGUUUUUAUUUAUUACAUCUGUGACUGGGUAGGGAAAUACUCCGGACUCGACCGAGAGAGCGUUUGCCACUUUGAGAACGAGCGACGCGCGUCCCUGCGCGAGUUACCGUAGUCGUCGUCGCCGUCGUCGUCGCCGUCGUCGUCGUCGUCGUCGUCGUCGUCGUCGUCGUCGUCGUCGCGGUGAUUUUCGUCGUCGUUGUCACCGCCGUCGUCGCCGUCGCCGUCGUCGGCGCUGGCAACCCACGUCGUCGCGUUCGCGUUUUCAACGAUCUCGAUCGAGUGUGGAUCGUCGAAUUGUCUGUGAUUGUCGCGAAACGUUAUCGGCAUUGUUGUCGUCGUAGUUGUUAUCAACGUUAUUGUCGUGCUCGUUUUUGUCGUCCUCAGGACGUCCUAGACGUCUCUGUUGGAGCCAAAAACGUUGCGAUGGACGACAAAUGGACGUCAACUCGUCCUUUCAUCUAAGUGUCAACAUUGAGACUCGCCAAAGAGAUAUGAUCAAGACUUGUCGUGUUCUCGCGUAUGGUGAACCUCGUACUUUCUCUUGCGAUAACACGGGACAAGGAUUUCUCAAGUGACAGUGAUAAGAUUUAUUGGGACGGUCGAUAUUGUAUGUUACAACGACCCGGUGAUCCUAAGUCCGCGUGUUUUUCUUCGUAUGGUGAUAUAUAUCUUCGCGAGCAUCGUUAUUUGUUUUCAUUCAUAAAAGCGGUUCGUUGUUGUGACUUUGACGAUAAAGGCUGCUAUUGUUAAAACGACCAGAGAGGAAAGUGCCGGAGAGUACAAGUAGAAGAGUCGACGAAACGAGAAAACGAAAGCAGCGAGAAAAUUUAACCAUCGAUGGACCACGGAGCGAUGGACAGCUCUUCCGAACACAGCAGCCGUGCCAGUCCCGUAACCGGCAGCCCAAAACAUCCUCACAGUCCAUCAGCACAACAGAGUCAACAGCAACAGCAGCUGCACGGCUCCCAGCAUCAAUCCUCCUUACAAUCCCAUCCACGAGAUCAGUUACGUGAACAUCAACAGCAACAGCAGCAGCAUCGAGGUGUACCGACACCAGGCUCACCGACGAGAGGAUCACCACCACAGGGUCUUCCCCUGAGUCCACCGCCUCUGUCGGCCGGGGGAGGGCCCGGUGCACCUCCAGGAAUGGUACCACGAAUGCCGGGACUACCGCCACCGGGACUGGGUCUUUUGGGUCAGUUAGGUGGUAUGCUAAGCGGUCAUCAUGGAUCGCCUUUGGAAUUGAUGGCUGCUCAUCACGCUGUACUACCACCCAGAUCGUAUAACAGUCCACCGCCAAUCAGUACCAGUGAUCCAACGGCGAACGAAUGUAAACUCGUCGAUUAUCGUGGCCAGAAGGUCGCUGCCUUCAUUAUUGCCGGUGAUACUAUGCUCUGCUUGCCUCAGGCCUUUGAGCUCUUCCUCAAACAUCUCGUGGGUGGUUUACAUACCGUCUAUACCAAGCUAAAGAGAUUAGAUAUCGUGCCGUUGGUAUGCAACGUCGAGCAGGUUAGAAUCCUACGCGGUCUCGGAGCCAUUCAACCGGGCGUCAAUCGUUGUAAACUUCUCAGCUGCAAGGACUUCGACAUUCUCUACAGGGACUGCACAACGGCCAGAAGGUACCGGAUCGGACUUAACUCCAGGCCAGGAAGACCCCCAAAGAGAGCUUCCGUUGGUUUGAGCCUCGCAGCAAGUCACCUAGCCGCGGCUGCCGGCCAUCAUCCACAGCAUUCCUUGAAGAAGCACAGGAUGGACAACGGCGAUUACUAUGAGAACGGACAUUUAGAUGUACCAAGGAUGGAAAAGUCACCGCUUUUAGCGAACGGCUAUAAUCAUCCACCCACACACCUCAGUCACAUGCAAUUCAUGCAGUUGGGAGGACACCCAGGUGCAGGACACACAGCCAUACUCUCACCAGCAAGUCUGCCGCAUCAUCUUCAAGCACAGGCUCAGGCUCGUGCCGAGCAAGGUCUCAAGGUUAACCCAAAUAUGACCAACAUCGAGGCGCUUGCGAGGUCCGGGACGGUAUGGGAAAACUGCCGAGCUGCCUACGAAGAUAUUGUCAAACACCUUGAAAGGCUUCGUGAAGAAAGAGGAGAUGCUGAAAGGGCUCUUGCAUUGGAUCACAAACCUAGGGAUCUUAGUUCGCACAAUGGUUCCUCGAACGGGCACAGUCCUGUGUUGAACCUCUCGAAGACAGCAGGAAGCGGCAGCGUUGGUGAACAUUCGGGAAGCGAAGCUGGAGCGUCGCAUCGUUCGCAAGACGAUGAGGAAGAGGAUGAUAAUCUAUCAGAAGACCUCGAGGACGAGAACGAGAAGGACGAAGAUUUAUCGGACGUACCAGAGAACCUACCACUUCCAGCACCAGGCUCGGAGAGUCCUCAGGCAUUGAACUACUCUCAGAUAGCCUCAGCAGCAGUCGCAGUGUCACAGGGUGCUCAGGACCCUUCGGUUUCGAGUACGGAGACUUUGUUAAGGAAUAUCCAGGGUUUGCUCAAGGUCGCAGCUGACAACGCGAGGCAACAGGAGAGGCAAAUCAACUAUGAGAAAGCCGAGUUGAAGAUGGACGUUCUUCGUGAAAGAGAGGUGAAGGACAGCCUAGAACGGCAGCUUCAAGACGAGCAAAAAGUUCGAGUCGUCUAUCAAAAGCGGUUGAAGAAGGAACGAAGAGCGAGAAAGCGAUUGCAGGAGCAAUUAGAUCUGGAGAUAAAGAGGCGCACGCAAUUGGAGGAGGCACUUAAAGCCACGGGAGCUUCGUCCGAGCAAGUUCGAGCGAUCACUGAAAACGUGACGACGGAAGCUCGUACAAGCUCAGAACCACCGGAAGCCAGUCCAGUACAUUCGCAAUCUCAGCAACAACCAUCCCAACAACAAUCCCAACAACAACCCCUUCAGCAACAACAAACAGCGGCGCAACAGUACAGAGAAGCUCAGGUUCCACGUCCGUCGCAACAACCUUCUACGCCGGAGAAGCCAGCAUGGGGAUACGGCCUGGACCUCAUCGGUAGUCAGGCAUCGGCCUUUUGGCAAAAUUACCAAGAAUCGCUGGUGCAGGAACUCGAGCUGGAGAGAAAAUCGCGGCAGCAUCAGGUGGCCGAGAGGGACCAAGUUAAGUCUCCUCUUCAAGAAUCGCGGACAGGCUAUUACAAAAAUUCAGUACUGUUUACGAGUGCGACUUAGAAGAUGCAGGAAGAAACUGGACGAGGCGUAGAGCGUAUCAAUCGAAACGAUUGAGAUCAGGUCGAGGACGAUAAUAAAAGAAUGGAUAUAUGGAAGAGGACACAGGGACAAAGGGGAAGAAGAUUGUUCCGUUUACCAAAUGAGUUGGAAAGAGAAAGAAUGGAAAACGGCUAAACCAGACCAUGGACGAAGAAGAUCAAGAAGAAAAAGAAGAAAAAAAAGAAGAAGAAGAAAAAUAGGAGGAGAAAGACGAGGAAGAAGAAGAAAAGAAAGAAGAAGAAGAAGAAAUGAGACAAGGAAAAUUGAAAAGACUCUCUCAGUGAUUUGCGCAGUGAGUGUGUUUGCAACAGAAAAAAAAUAAAAUAAAAUAAAAUAAAAUAAAAUAAAAUAAAAUAAAAUAAAGUAAAGUAAAAUAAAAAUUAAAAUAAUAAUAAUAAUAAAAGUAAAAUAAAAGACGACGAGCAAAAGUGCGGAGAGAACUCUCUCAAACUUUUUAAACGUAAACGCGAGACGCUGGUGAUAAUAAUAAUAAUAAUUAAUAACGAUGAUAUAUAUGUAUAUAUCUAUAUAUAUAUAUAUAUAUAUAUAUAUAUAUAUAUAUAUAUAUAUAUAUAUAUAUAAAAGUGAUGAACGAUUGAACAUAAACGUGAGAACGAUCGCGAAUUUUAAGAAAAGAAUAAAUAAAAGUAGAAACAAAUAAACAAAACCAAACAAAAGAGAAAAGGAAAAAAAUAAAUGGGGGGGGGGGGGAAGAGAAAAAGUAAAACAAGAAAGAAGGGGGAAAAAAAAAUAGAAAAAAGACAUUUUUCGAAAUCGCGAGCCGUCCUCGUGGUAGUGUCGUUCAAAUCUCACAUUUCUAAAUGAAAAAAAGAAUGAAAGAAAGAGAGUUAGAAGAGGGUGAUACGAGUCGAUCGAGCACAUAUCAACGACGCGUCGUAUAACGCGUAUAAAACUAAUUAAAAAACACACGAAACGCUUUCGCGCGAAUUUCUUCAUUGAAUAAACGCUAAGCUACUCGGAGCUCGUAGAUUCGCGUUGUUCGUUUUGAAUGAAGAAGAGAGAAAGAGAGAGAGAGAGAGAGAGAGAGAGAGAGAGAGAGAGAAUAUAUUGUACACGUAAUUACCGAUCACAUACGAAUGCUCGAGUUAAUAAUCGAGAGGAGAAGUUAGAUAGAAAACGAGAAAUAGAUAAAUGAGAGAACGUAAGAGUGUGAAAGAGAGAGAGAGAGAGAGAGAGAGAGAGAGAGAGAGAGAGAGAGAUAAUCGAAUCGAG